CGGUCUCGCCGCCGCCAGGAAUUCCCUGUCCCCCUCGAUGUCUGCCGCUCAGGACGCGGCCAGUUACGCUCAGAGGCCCACCAGCCCCUCGCCUUCGGUCGCCAGCGAGAAAACCGAAGUGGACCUACAGGACAAGCAGGAGCGCGAAGAAGAGGAGCGAAAGACCAGGAUACAGCUGUACGUGUUCGUCUCGAGAUGCAUCGCUUAUCCGUUCAACGCCAAGCAACCGUUGGACAUGACAAAACGUCCGUUGAAAGUGAACAAGGCUCAGCUCGAGAAUAUGUGCUCCCGUUUUCAGGGCUUCCUGAAGGGGGAGACCCAGAUAAUGGCGGACGAAGCGUUUCGCAACGCGAUACAGAAUUUCUACGACGUGUUUCUCACGUCGGACCGAGUGGUUCAAAUGGUGCAAAGCGGUGCUUGCUCGCAACUCGACUUCCGCGAAGUGUUCAAGAAGAACAUAGAGAUUCGUGUUCGACGCAUCCCGGAAAUCGAGGGACUGAGCAAAGAUACUGUACUUACGUCUUGGUUGGCCAAGUUCGAUUGUAUCAUGAAAGGUACGGGUGACGAGGAGCCCAAGAGAUCCUCCAGGGUGCAACAACAGUCUUUGAUCUCGGAGAUGAAACUGUCGAAGGAGCAGUUGUACGACAUGUUUCAGCAAAUUCUCGGCAUCAAGAAAUUCGAGCACCAGCUUCUGUUCAAUGCCCUCCUGUUGGAUUCAGCCGACGAGCAGGCUGCCGCCAUCAGGAGGGAGCUAGACGGUCACCUCCAGAAGGUCAACGAAAUGGAAAAGAAUCGCAAGCUCAUGCCCAAGUUCCUCUUAAAAGAAAUGGAGUCGCUCUACAUCGAGGAACUAAAGUCGUCUAUCAACCUGUUGAUGGCUAAUUUGGAGUCGUUGCCGGUCUCGAAAGGUUCGAUAGACAGCAAAUACGGGCUGCAGAAGCUGAAGCGCUACAACCAUCGUCGCGAGCGCUCCCGCUGCCGCACUCAGGGUUCUCUCGCUAAAUUGGAGAGCGACUCCGCCGACUCGGAACCUCAGCUCACCAAAAUGGACGUGGCCCUGACCUUUCAAUUAGCGGUGGUAAUCAUCGAGGUUAGGGGCUUGAAAAGCUUGCCACCGAACAAAAUAGUUUACUGCACGUUGGAGGUCGAGGGUAGCAAAAAGUUGCAGACCGAUCAAGCCGAAGCUUCGAAACCUAUGUGGGACACGCAAGGCGACUUCACCACCACGCAUCCGCUGCCGGUGGUCAAGAUUCGACUCUACACCGAGAAUUCCGCGAUGCUCGCGCUCGAGGACAAGGAGCUGGGCAAAGUGAUCCUCGAGCCUACCCCGUCGUCUUGUAAACAACCGGAGUGGUACCGGAUGGUCGUGCCGAAGAAUUGCCCGGACCGGGACCUUCACAUCAAGAUCAGUUGCCGAAUGGACAAACCGUUCAACAUGAAGCACUGCGGUUAUUUGUACGCUAUGGGCAAGUCCGUGUGGAAAAAGUGGAAGAAACGGUACCACGUGUUGGUUCAAGUUUCCCAGUGCACGUUCGCGAUGUGCUCGUACAAAGUGAAGAGAGGCGAACCCUCCGAGAUGAUGCAACUCGACGGUUACACGGUCGACUACAUCGAGCCCGUCUCCGCCAAUCUAAUGGUCGGCAUGGACCUAGACGACGGACGGUAUUACUUCAACGCGGUUCGCGAAGGGGACAACAUCGUGUUCGCCGCGGACGACGAGAACGAGUGCCAGACCUGGGUAAUGGUCAUGUACCGUGCUACCGGCCAGUCCCACAAACCCACGCCGCCGGUCUCCGUGACGGAUAAAAAUUCCACCAUCAGCAAGAUACAGGGUGACGCGGACCGAGCCAAGAAGCACGGCAUGGAGGAUUACAUUAGCGCGGACCCUUGCAAAUUCGAUCACCACACUCUCUUUAAAUUUCUGCAAAACUUAAUUCUCGAUUAUCGAUUGACCGAUCCUUACUGCUCGUUGGGCUGGUUCUCGCCGGGACAAAUCUUCGUUAUCGACGAAUAUUGCGCCAGGUACGGCGUUCGCGGCUGCUUUCGACAUCUCUGCUACCUCAACGAUCUACUCGACAGAAUCGAUCGCGGACUGAUGAUCGAUCCAACCCUGAUACACUAUAGCUUCGCGUUUUGCGCCAACCACGUCUACGGAAACCGAACCGACAGAGUCGGUUCCAUCACUCACGAGGAGAAGGAGAAAUUUCAGGAGAUCAAAGAGAGGCUCAGGCAGAUUCUCGAGAAACAAGUAACCAACUUUAGGUACAGCUUUCCGUUCGGUCGGCCGGAAGGCGCGUUAAAGUCUACCCUGUCCCUUCUCGAGCGAGUGAUAAUGAAGGACGGCGUGGGCACGGUGCCCCAAGAAGAAGUGAAAACUUUGAUCAAGAGCUGUUUGGAAACCGCUGCCCUUGUCAAUUACACCAAACUCUCCGCCGAAGCGAAGAUCGAGGACGACUUCAGCGGCGAGGUUUGCGUCCCGCCUAGCAAGAAACUCGAAGAUCUGAUAAAUCUAGCCGAAAUGUGCGUGGAUCUGCUUCAACAAAACGGAGAGCAUUACUCGGAGGCGUUCGCCUGGUUUAGCGAUCUGAUGGUGGAGCACGCCGAGAUCUUCUGGUCUCUGUUCGCCGUCGACAUGGACAAGGUGCUCGCCGAACAACCACCGGACACUUGGGACAGCUUUCCACUUUUUAAAAUUAUGAACGACUACCUGAGGGAAGAUGAUAACUUGAAGAACGGUAGGUUUCAUCAACAUCUUCGCGACACCUUUGCUCCGAUGGUCGUGCGUUACGUCGAUCUGAUGGAAACCUCGAUCGCGCAAUCCAUUCACAAGGGAUUCGAGAAGGAACGUUGGGAGAUUAAGGGAAACGGAUGCGCCACUUCCAGCGAGCUCUUCUGGAAGCUGGAUGCUCUUCAGUCUUUCAUCCGUGACCUCCAUUGGCCCGAUCAAGAAUUUCGCCAGCACCUCGAGCAAAGGUUGACUUUAAUGGCCUGCGACAUGAUCGAAUCUUGUAUCCAACGAACAGAUGCCGCGUUUCAACAGUGGCUCAAGAAAAAUGUCACCUUUAUCUCCACCGACUACAUCAUACCCUCUGAAAUGUGCGCGAUGGUGAACGUCAUCCUGGAUGCCAAGGAUAAAAACUUCGAACUCUGUACGAUCGACGGUGUGGACGUGCACCAGUAUCACGCCAAGAUCGACGACCUGAUAGAAAAAACCUCGGCUGCCAUGACCCAAGGGAUGAUCAACAAGUUGGUCACCGUUCUGGAAACUACCUUGUCCAAAUUGUCUCGCUACGACGAGGGAUCCUUCAUAGGUUCCAUUCUCAGCUUUACGAAGGUAUCGGGAAGCGGAAAAGAAAUGGGACAGGCCUAUGUGAGCUUUACGAGAAACUGUAUGGAUCAGAUUCGUAGCAAAGUAAUCGACGAACUAUGGAUUCCAACGUUUUUCGGGCAAUGGUACACGGCGCAAAUUCAAAUGCUGUGCACCUGGCUUUCGGAGAGACUCGAUCACAGUUUACACCUCUACCAAUGUACCUGCUUGGCCCACAUCGUAAAGAAAAUCUACUCAGACUUUGAGCUGCAAGGUGUCACAGAGGAGAAACUGAAUUCGACCACAUAUCAGACUAUAUUUAAGAGGAUGCAAACGGAAGAAGCGACUUGUGCCUUAACGAGCGUUCAGAACGAAGAGGGACUUUCGGAGAACGGUAACGAUGAGGAUAUAGAACGUCCAAAGGCGAAGGUAACGAUCGUCGAAACGAUCACCGGUGAAGACGCGAAUCUAAUCAGCAACGUUACAUCGAACGUUGUGGGAAAAGUUGGAAGCAUGUUUGGCAAGGGCAUCGGUGGCCUUUCUACAAAAUUUGGCGGACCUAGCUGGUUCUAAUUCUCCUCCUCCCCCUCCCCCUCCC